AGUUCAUAGUCAUGUUACUGAUUGUUCAUUCUGUUUCCAGAUGCUUUGGCAGGUGAUUUAACCAUUUUAAGUAUGAGUUAUGUAAACUUUCUCGAAGGUUGGGUUCAAGUGGAGAGGAUAAAUAUUGCAGUCGAGUGUGGGAAUUUGGUGUGCUAACUCAUUUCAGAUAACUUAAUUGCUGGGAGAUGCUGGAGCUGAAGCAAAAGCUUUCUUCUGCUGAUGGUAGCCCUUAGUAAUAAUUCUAUUCCUUAUGCAUAUUGUUGUCUUCCAGAAGCAUAGGGGUGGAGCAAAGAAUGUUUAAGGGUCAAUCUACAGGAACACAUACUGCAGGGAGAACCCUUGGAAGGUGCAAGGAGAAGGAGAAGGAGAAGACUGAUGCAGUUGUCUACAUUGAUAUUGACCCUGAUGAUCUAUCCGAUGUUGUUGUUAUUGAUGCUCCGGGGUCCUCUCAAUUGAGAGGACAUGGUUCUAAUAUAUUCAGAAAAGACAAAAGUUUUCCUUCUGGGAGUAUUAUUAGCGUUGAUGAUGGUGAUGAUGAUGAUGAGAGUCCUGGAACUGUUCGCGAAAGUGGUGGUGAUCUGAACAGUGAUGCCACUUCAAUUAGGGCGUCUCAAUUUGAACCUUGCCAAUCACAGAGCUCGAGGACUUACUCUGGGAAAACAAUCUCCAGAAAUCGUUUUACUUUUAGUUCCGAUUCUGAGGAUGAGUCAUCUGAAAGUGACAGUUCUGACUGUGAGCUUAUGGAGGGUUCUUUUGGAAAAAUUCGUGAUCAGUGGGAAAAAGCCUCUUCGAAGAAAAAAACAUCAGACGAUGUCCAUAACUCUCAAUCUGUUGUAGAGGAGCAGGGUUGUGGCUCUGGAUCCGUUUCCGACAAUCAAAAGGAUGAUGAAGUGGAAAAUGAGUCCGUACAACAGAAAGCGAAUAUGUCUUCCUAUACAGGCUGUGAAUUCAUCCCUGUGGAGAACUAUUCUCUCAAUCCUGAGGGGAACAACCCUGUGGAGGAUUUGGAUCGAACAGCUGUUAGGAAAGGAAGUCCUUCAUGGAGCAAAUCUCCGCCACACGAAACCAAUCAUUCUGAAAGAAAGUAUGAUCUUCGGGGGAGAAGACCUUUUUUCUUCUCUCAGGAACAGGUUGAUGAACAGUUUAAUUACGAAAGUGCCUUUUUCCAUGAUAAAGAGGAAAAUGUUGCUGAAGAACCCUGCUGGUUCAAAAAUCAAUCUGGCUACGUUUCACAUUCCUAUCAUGGAAAGUUUAAUUUCCAGGAUAAAGAGGAUUCUUUGUGUGACUCAUUUCAAACACAAGUGGAUCAAGAAUUUCAUUUAGACAAAAAUGUAAGGAUUCAGACAAAAACUUCCUGUUGCAACGCUCAGCAACCAAAUGACACCAAAUAUGACACAGCUAAUUUUGAGGACCAGGAAAAACCAGUUUCUGGAGAAUCUUCUUUUUGUGAUUCUCAACCAUGCUUUGGGAAACACAUCAAUGAUUGCCCUGAGGACAGUAAUGGACAUACUCGUGGGGAACAUUUCUUCAAUGCUCAGUCAAGGAAUGACUCUGGAAUCAAUCAUGAUAGGUUCAGUUGUCCGGACAAAGUAAAAUCUGUUUCUGAUGAAUCAUCCUUAUGCAACACUCAACAAGAUGGAACACUGGUUGAGGACAGGAGAUGUUUUAGAAAUGAUGCUGAACCUGAUCCUGAAUCUCUUUCUGAAACUCAACUGCAGGAUGAUAAAAAUCCUUUGUUACAUGCUUUAGAUGGCAAUUUUAUGCCUGAUGUUCAAAAUGAAAUAAUUAGUGAAAGAGAAAAGAUCAAGGAGACUGUUGAGUACAAGUGUGCAGUACAAGAAGAAUGGGCAUCCAGGCAUCGGGAGUUACAAAUUCAGGCAGAAGAAGCAAGGCGUUUAAAGCAGAGAAAAAAAGCUGAAAGUAUGCGUCUUUUAGACAUGGAGAGAAGACAGAAACAACGUGUGGAAGAAAUGCGAGAAUCACAAAAGAAGGAUGAGGAGACUAUAAACUUAAAAGCACAGCUUCGUGUCAAAAUAAGAAAGGAGCUUGAUAGAUUAGAACUUAUGUACAAUGAUAUGGCUUCGCUACUCUCUGCCUUAGGCAUCAAUGUUGGAGGUGGUCCCAAUCCGACGCUUCAUGAGGUAAAUGCAGCUUAUAGACGAGCGUUACUAAAAUUUCAUCCAGAUAGAGCAUCGAGAACUGACCCCCGGCAACAGGUUGAAGCAGAGGAAAAAUUUAAGCUUAUAUCCCGCUUGAAGGAGAAAUUUCUACCGACAUUCUAACUUAGAGAUCUGCAACUGUUAUAGGUAGAAUGAUAUUUUUUUUGGGCUGGGGGGGGGGGGGGUUGUAAA